AUGACACCGCAUGACUCUCGACUCGCCAACGGUACCGUAGCUGGGAUUGUGAUAGGAGCCUCCAUUGGACUAGCUUUGAUCACCUUUCUUGUUACUUUCCUUCUCAUGCGUCGCAAGAAAACCACAGGACAGUCGAAGAGUAUCCCAGCGCCCGCAGGAGCUUCACGGAACGAGAAAGGGUUCUCAUCUCAUCCAUAUGAAGUCUCCGAGGCGUCAUCAAGCGCGAUACCGAGCUUUCUCCCUCAAGCGGCUGACGACAGGACUGUACAAACCAAAGCGAAAACACUCUUAGAUCAAAUCGAGCUCUACGUUGAGAACUUCUACCAAGACUCUCCCAAAUCGGGCAGCAAAGUGGCUUCUGCAGAUUUGACUGCUUUCAACUCGCCCUUCUUAGAGAACGCUCUUUCCACUCUCCUGUCACAGGCCACGCGGAGCACUCCUUUCAUCAAGCAUGGUCUCGCCUACUUCAUUACUACGUCACUUCUACCGAUGGAGAAUUCUGACGCUACUCUUCUUCCUGAGGAAUUCAUAACACUUCCAAGAGCACUAAAGCGCACACGCAAUAGCUCAUCUCAAAAGCCAGGUUACCUGCAAGCUAUCUCUCAAUGGCGGGUGCUGACAGCAUACUUGCGCCCGGAUUCUGCAUCCGACCAGGCAUACAUCGUACAACGCGACAGGCAGAUCGACAAUAUCUGUCAAAAUUUCCUUUUUGCCUUUGCGCAGUGGUCCAGCCCAAGGCACGGCGAUGACGAGCGAGUUGGUAGCCUCGUUGCCAUCUUAAAAGAUGCCGCCAACUUAGGCAUUUUCUUACAAUCUCAGCCUGUAGACCUCCAAUUUCAAUUUCCCACGCAGGCUGAAGUGGGCACGGGUAAGAUCUGCAUUGCCCCGGCAUUGGUCAAGACUACAGAUGAGAAGGCUCAAGUACUAUCGAAACCUCAGGUACUAGUCAACGCAGGAUACCAAAAGGUGUAG